CGAAGGCUUCACAGCGCAUCUCUUAAGCAUCUAUAUGCAGGUAACGGACAUCACACAGCUCGGAUAGCACAAGAUUUGUGCAAUUUUUUUUAUUUAACAUCAUCAGCGUUAAUGUUGUGCGGCACCGGAAAGCCCCAGGAUCUCCAGCCACCCACCCACAGCUCCCCUCUCUAGCCACCGAUAGCCCCACCAGCCGAAAUGGCCGUAGAUACUAACAGCGCAGUGCCUCUCCUCCGCCCUCGACGGGCGGCCAACUCGAGCUUCAGAUGUCAGAUCUGGGUUAUGUAAUGCUGCAAAGCUGGUGGCAUCGGCAGACUUGUCUCUGCAUGGAUUUACACGAGUGGACGUAGGUACGUGGCGUUGGGCGGUUAUUAGUGGAGAAGCCUGGAUGGUUCCGAGCAACAAACGGGGGAAGUACAAGAGAAUGUACCUCCGUCCUCCUCCUCUUCCUCCCUCACCUCGCUAGCUUUUUUCUCACCAGAUCCCUCUUCGACGCUCACGGAUCCGUAGAGGGCACCCCGACCCCAAAACCCAUUCAGCCGACACACACGUACCUAAGAAACAAGCACACCGGGACGGCGUCAGUCGUGGAUUUUCCCCCGUCGCACCCGUCACCUCCACACAUGGACCCGGACACCGCCCUCAUCCUGCAGCUGCUGCGGGAGGAUGCGGAGCAAGCCGCCGCCGUCGCUAGGGGCAAGGGCAAGAAUCCCGAGGGCACCCAGACCGACGCCCAGGUGGCCCUCAACGUCUUCCUGACAGAUCUGCUCACCACCGAGGCCUUCCUCGCUGACCAGAAGAUGGCGCUGAGCAUCCAGCGGGCGGUCCAGCUCGACGGCGACGCGCUCUUCCAAUCGGAAGAGGAAGAGCGUCGGGCGAGACGCGACCGCAACAUGUCCCUGGCUCUAAGCACCGGCCAAGACGGGGUGACGGCGUCGGAGGCCGGCCCUGGCGCCCCCUCCGACGACCCGGAGUACCUCGAGAAGCUCCAGUACCUCUACGUCACCGGCAUAGAUACCAUCACCGAAGACAACGUAAACAUUAGUGACGACGAGACGCUUGUGAAUAGCCAGCCGGAAAGCUCCCGGUGGGCGGCCUCGCGCCCGGCGAAGAAGCAGCCGCAGAAGCGAGAGUGCGCAGCCUGUGGAGAUCUCAAGCACUUUGCCCAGCUGGCCAAGGCCCCGUGCCAGCACGAAUACUGUCGGGAGUGUCUGACCCACCUCUUCCGCGACGCCACUCUCGACGAGUCCCUCUUCCCGCCGCGCUGCUGCAAGCAGACGAUCCCUUUGGACAAGAACCGGCUCUUCCUCGACUACGACGUAGUCCAGCUAUUCCGCAAGAAGGCUGUCGAGUUCUCGACGCCCCGCCGGACGUACUGCCACGACCGGAACUGCGGCGCCUUCAUCCCGCAGACAAACUAUGUCGACGAUACGGCCACCUGCGUCGAGUGCCGGCGCCAGACUUGCAUAACCUGCAAGAACGCCCAUCACGGCGGGGAUUGCCCGAAUGACGAGCAGCUCCAGGGGGUCAUCCAGCUAGCCAGACAGCAGGGCUGGCAGCGCUGUCAGAACUGCUGGGGCAUGGUCGAGCUGAACAUGGGCUGCUACCACAUGACGUGAGUUUUCGAAGAUGUUUUUAACCGCUCCUGUUUUCCCAUAUCGAUUGCUUAUCUAUGCAUGCCCCC